AUGGCUGCCUCUAACAUAAACCCUGUCUCGAAUUUCAAAUCACAGUAUGCAGUGCCAGAUUUCGAGUCGUUGCCAGAACGUUAUGAGUGGGCUCAGGAAAAUGAGAACGGAUAUCGAAUCCGAGAACAACUGUGCGGCACCGAACGUCCCUUGAGAGUUAUUCACGUGGGCUGCGGCGCCGCCGGUAUUUGUCUGUCAAAGUUUCUCCCUGAAGAGUUGAACAAUGUUUCUUUGACUUGCUACGAUAAGAAUCAUGACAUUGGUGGGACGUGGCUGGAGAACCGAUACCCCGGAUGUGCUUGUGAUAUUCCGUCGGUGAAUUAUCAAUUUACUUUUGCGAAGAACCCGAGUUGGACUCAUUUCUAUUCGUUCGCCCCCGAAAUCUGGCAAUAUAUGCGAGAUAUCGUGGAUCGCUUUGGCCUCCGAAAAUAUAUGAAAUUGAAGCAUGAAGUUAUUGGCGCUUAUUGGCGUCAGGAAGAGGCGCAUUGGGAGGUUCAUGUCAAGGAUCUACUAAAUAACACCACUAUCAUCGACUAUGCCGAUAUUUUUAUCAAUGGUAGUGGACUCCUUAACGACUGGAAAUGGCCCGAGAUUAAAGGUUUGCAUGAUUUUAAAGGCCAAUUAUGCCACACAGCAACGUGGAGGGAUGACAUCCAGUACAAAGGCAAACGAGUGGCUGUGAUUGGCACUGGUAGCAGUGGCAUUCAAUUGACGGCCAAUAUUGCAGAGCAUACAGAAAAGUUAUACACCUGGAUCAGGUCUCCAACUUGGAUUACAGCCGGAUUUGCCCAACAAUUUGCCGGGCCGAACGGGGCUAAUUUUCAAUACACCGUGGAGCAAAAGAAGCGUUUCCGGGAGCAUCCUAAGGAGUAUGUCACUUACUGUAAACAGAUUGAGAAUGAGCUAAACCAGCGAUUCAAAUUCAUUCUCACCAACACCCCAGAGGCUGAACAAGCCCGACAGUUUUCCGCGGCUCAAAUGAAGGAGAGGCUCUCUGGUGACAAGGCCCUCAUUGACGCUAUCAUUCCCAAAGACUUUGCUGUUGGCUGUCGUCGUCCUACGCCUGGUAAUGGCUUUCUCGAAGCUCUAGCGUUACCGCAAACCCAUGUUUUUACGAAAGAAAUGCAAACAGUGACUGAAAAGGGCUUCAUUGAUGCCGAGGGAGUAGAGCAUGAGGUCGAUCUCAUCGUCUGUGCUUCGGGCUUUAACACCAGUUGGAGAUCCCGUUUCCCGAUUAUUGCACACGGAAAGAACGUCCAAGACCAUUUCAUAGGCAAGCCUAAGUCGUAUUUCGGAAUCGCUAUACCUGGCUUCCCUAACUAUUUUACUGGAAUUGGUCCUUAUGGCCCGCUUGGUCAUGGGUCUUUCCUGCCUGUUCUCGAGCUGGUCUAUUAUUACUUCAUUCAAGUCAUUAGAAAAUUCCAACGUGAGAAUAUCAAAUCACUUCAGCCACGAGAGGAAGUUAUGGACAAGUUUGUAGAACAUGCAGAUCUAUUCAUGAAAAGAACAGCGUGGGCAGGACCAUGUCGGAGUUGGUUCAAACAAGGCAAAACUGAUGGUACGGCCACAAUAUUUCCAGGGACGAGAUUGGUAUUCUUUGAUGUGCUCUCAUCACCACGUUUUGAAGAUUAUGAGAUUGAAUAUCAAAGCGGAAACCCAUUCAAUUGGCUGGGCAAUGGGUUUGCGUUAUGUGAGUACAACGGUGGUGACAUUUCUUACUAUCUCGGUAACACUGAGAAUCCCGGUGGGAUGCUGCCGUUACCUGAGGAUGCCCUGAAAAUAGGACCAGCAAAGAAUCCCGUUGUUGCGAGUGUGGUACCAUUGUCAGAGGAAACUGUCAUUUAG